AUGACUGAAAAAAGACCGGCAUUUGGAAACAGAUUUUUAUCGGAUGCAAAUGAUGUAUUUUCAUACAACGCUUGGGAUAAUGCUAUAUGGACAGAUGAACAAAAUGAAGAAGCAAACGAUGUUGUCGAACGCCAAUAUAAGAAUAAAAUGUCAGAUGAAAAGUCAGAUCGUCAAUGGUUAUUUACAGAAUUUUCUGAAUUAUUAAUGAAAUCGCAUGAACAAUUUUCUAUGUUAGAAGUUGGAUGUGGUGUGGGUAAUUGUGUAUUUCCCAUUCUAAGAACAAAUGAUAAAUCUAAAACAAAUUUAUUUAUUUAUUGUUGUGAUUAUUCGUCGGAAGCAAUUGAUUUGUUAUGUAAAAAUGAUGAGUAUGAUAGUCAGCGUUGUAAAGCAUUUGUCUGUGACUUGACAGAUGAACAAUCUAAUAUCAAAAUGCCAUUUGAAGAAAAUUCUCUAGAUGCUAUAUUAAUGAUUUUUGUAUUGAGCGCCAUCCAUCCAUCAAAAUUUGAAUUUGUUAUUAGAAAUUUAUUCAAAUAUUUGAAACCAAAUGGAAAAUUAUUGUUUCGCGAUUAUGGACUCUAUGAUUUAGCUCAAUUACGUUUUAAAAAUGAUAAAUGUCUAGAAAAAAAUUUAUAUGCAAGACAAGAUGGAACAUUGGUCUAUUUUUUUACUCAAGAUGAACUUGACUCAUUAUUUGUUAAAUGUGGAUUUAUUAAAGAACAAAAUAUAAUUGAUCGACGUUUACAAGUGAAUCGUUCAACAAAACAAAAAAUGUACCAGGAUCAUGAAUUAGAAAAUUUUUAUGGAUGUUACUUAUUGCAAACAUUAAAUCCCAAAUGUAAAGGACGAACAUACAUUGGUUUUACUGUUGAUCCCAAUCGACGUUUUAAACAACACAAUCUUGGUCUUCAUUUUGGUGGUGCCAAAAAAACAAGUGGCAAAGGACCAUGGGAAAUGGUGUUAAUUGUGCAUGGCUUUCCAAAUGAAAUAUCAGCAUUAAGAUUCGAAUGGGCUUGGCAAAAUCCUGAACAAUCAGUACGUUUAAAAUAUUUGGCAUUAUCAAAUACAAAAAAAUUUAGUUUAAAAUUCAAAUUAAUGAUAUUAUCGGAAAUGUUAUCAAUUGGACCAUGGACAAGAUUACCAUUAACUGUUCGUUGGUUACAAGGCGAUUUGAUGUCACAAUUACCCAAAUCUCCUCCAAUUCAUAUGCCAAUUACAUAUGGACCGAUAAAUGUAUCAAAACAAACAUCAUCUGUUCCAUCACGUAGAAAGAAGAAACACGAUUCCGAUAACAAUCACCAAAUCAAUACAAUCGUUGAAUAUUGUUCUAUGUGUAAAAAAAACAUGGACGUUACCUCGAAAUUAAAUUGUCCAAAAUGUUUAACGUCAUUUCAUAUAUUAUGUUUAUCGAGACAUUUUCUUUCCAAUGACACAAGACAAAUGUUACCAAUUGAAGGCACAUGUCCUCAAUGUUUAGAUAUUUUAUUAUGGGGAGAGAUAAUUCAAUAUAAAUGGCAAAUAAUAGGUUAUUCAACGAAAAAUAAACAAAAGGAAGGGAAACAAAAUAAGUGCUCAGAUAUUGAUGACGAACACUAA